AGUGUUCAGCGGAAGAGGACUGACGGCGAUGCUGCAGCUCCCAGCUAAACGCGAAAUGCUUCUGACAAGAAUCAUCGCCGGAGGCACCACCACCGGUCACGCACCCACCCGCAAGCGGCUGGCACACAGCAGAGCAGCCUGGCAGUGGGCUGCGGUGCUACCAACUAACGCAGCGUACAUCCUCCACGGCCUGAGUGGAGCCCACCGCGACCCCCCUCCUCUUAGCUGGGAGCAAACAGCUCAAGGAACGAUGAACCCCCCCAGCAGUUUAGAAACCUGCCAGGAAAGAGCUCUCCAGGGUGAACAAAGCUGCGUGGGGUGAUCCGGGCACUGAAAUUGACGCAGCCUGGGUCUGGGCAGAGCUCUGGCAGGUAGCUUGGAGCAGAAGCUUCUGCGGAGACAAGUAGUGCCUGUACUUCGGAGGGACUUUGUCCUCGCAUCCAAGGAGCCGGGAAGACUUUGGAGAGGCUGAAAGCGAGUGUUCCCUUUGGGAAAUGGGGCAGGGACCAGCUUUGCAGAUGGCACAAACUGGAAGGGACCCUCAAAGGUCAUCUCGUCCGACCUCCCUGGCGUGAGCAGAGACAUCGCCAACCAGACCAGUUUGUCUCCAGCGGCACCUGCUCAGGGCUGCCGCCACGAGAGGCACCCCGGCGCAGAGAGCUGCCCGCCCGCUGCGGGCUCCUGGAGGACGCAGGGUUAAACUGCACGGGGCGGCACCGGCCCCGCCUGCCAUCGAGCGCGGCUAGAGCGCCGCCGCGGGGCUUCCGCCGGAGCGGCUGUCAUCUUGGGUGCGGGCAGUGAAGCCGCCUCACUGGGGUCUCACCGCCGGGCAGCGGGGAAACAGCUGUCUGCGCUGUUAACUGCACCCAGGGAGCAGGCGGUGCACUUCCACCGAGGAGGGAGAGCUGACGCUGUUCUCACGCUUCCUCUUUAGCUCCGCGGGGCUUGCAUGACUCUUCGGCGAUGAACGCGGCCAGAAGUGGCUACCGAGUCUUCUCGGCCAACUCCACGGCAGCCUGCACCGAGCUGGCAAAGAGGAUCACGGAGCGUCUCGGAGCUGAGCUGGGGAAAUCUGUGGUGUACCAGGAAACCAAUGGAGAGACAAGAGUUGAAAUAAAAGAAUCUGUCCGGGGACAGGAUAUCUUCAUUAUCCAGACCAUCCCCAGGGAUGUGAAUACUGCUGUCAUGGAGCUGCUGAUCAUGGCCUAUGCACUGAAGACCUCCUGUGCCAGGAACAUCAUCGGUGUCAUCCCUUACUUCCCCUACAGCAAACAGAGCAAAAUGAGAAAGAGAGGCUCCAUAGUCUGCAAGCUGCUGGCUUCAAUGCUUGCCAAGGCAGGUUUAACACACAUUAUCACUAUGGACCUUCACCAAAAGGAGAUCCAAGGCUUCUUCAGCUUCCCAGUAGACAACCUGAGAGCCUCCCCUUUCUUGCUGCAGUAUAUACAAGAAGAAAUUCCAGAUUACAGAAAUGCAGUCAUUGUAGCCAAAUCUCCUGAUGCAGCUAAAAGGGCCCAGUCUUACGCCGAGAGACUCCGCCUGGGGCUGGCAGUGAUCCACGGAGAGGCUCAGUGCACAGAGCAGGACAUGGACGAUGGACGACACUCCCCUCCCAUGGUCAAAAAUGCCACCGUGCACCCUGGGCUGGAGCUGCCCUUGAUGAUGGCCAAGGAGAAACCGCCAAUAACUGUGGUUGGAGAUGUUGGAGGAAGAAUUGCCAUCAUUGUGGAUGACAUCAUCGAUGAUGUGGAAAGCUUUGUAGCUGCUGCAGAGAUUCUGAAAGAACGUGGAGCCUACAAGAUCUUCGUUAUGGCCACUCAUGGGCUGCUGUCAGCAGAUGCCCCCCGUCUGAUAGAGGAGUCCUCCAUCGAUGAGGUGGUAGUAACCAACACAGUUCCUCACGAGGUGCAGAAGCUGCAAUGCCCCAAGAUAAAGACUGUGGAUAUCAGUUUGAUCCUCUCUGAAGCCAUCCGACGGAUCCACAACGGCGAGUCCAUGGCCUAUCUCUUCCGCAACAUCACUGUCGAUGACUAGACCUGGCACUGCCCCUCUGCUGGCUUCCACAAGAGAAGGAAAUGUGCAUGAAAAGGCAAUACCAUACAUUAGAGGCAUAACACAACUGUUUUUAUUCAUGUAGGGACGUGAAGGUUUUCAGAGUCUUGAGCCAUUAAGAUCUAAUAGAUUAAAAACCCAACCUGACCAGCACUUUACAGGUGAAUAGAAGAAGCCACUGGCAAUGGGGAGGAUCACAUCUUAAUGAAGAGAGGUGGAGGAGUGAGGUGGUGUGGAAUUUUUAAGUUACUUUAUUAUUAUUAUUAUUUUUUAUUUUGUAGUGUGCUCCCUGUAGUGGGGGAAAGAAAAGCCAAGUAGCUGUCAGCUUCUGAGAAGGGACUGGAGCCUGCUCAUUGCUGCGCGUGGGCAGCAAGAGGAGACAGCCUGUGGGGUGAGCUUGCAGAAGGUGGUGCUGGGCUGGCCUGGUUGCUGCUGGCAGACCUGCUCAGGAGAGCAGCUCUCUGCCAGCUGAGUGUCCUUUCAGCUCCUGCACAGCAUAGGGAGGACUUUGAUCAGAGCUAAGCUAGCGGAACAUCCAGACAGGGCAGCUUAGGGCAGCCUGUUCCUGAACUACUCACCCCCUGGUGUUGGGGUGCUGGGAGCCAGCUCAUGUGCGUCUCCCAGUGGGGCAAGGGGUGCUAGUUAAUGUGCUGGCCUUUUCAUUUUGUGAGCCUUGGAUCAUUGUUGUUCUUCAGUGGCAAGUCACACGAGGGUCUAGGUCCUCACUUUGACGCUUGUCUGCGCCGCUGAAGCAGGCGCAGUUUGGAGUUGCCUGGGGCUGGUGAGCUGUGUCAGAGUCUCGUGAGGAAGUUGGAACAGUAUCUGCCUCUUAAUACAGCUGUGCUCUCCAAAACACUAACACUGCAAUAAAAAGCAUAGGAUUUUUCA